AUGGCCCCUCUGCAGAAGCCUGGGAGCUUUCCCCUCCUGGGGGCUUUGGCCACUGGCUGCCUGCUUCUCAUUGGCCUGUGGACACAGGAGGGAUCAGCGCUGCCCAUCACCUCCCACUGCAAGCUUGACAGGUCUAACUUCCAGCAGCCCUACAUCACCAAUCGUACCUUCAUGCUGGCCCAGGAGGCUAGCCUUGCAGACAACAACACAGAUGUCCGUCUCAUUGGAGGGAAGCUGUUUGAGGGAGUCAAAGUAAAAGAGCACUGCUAUCUGAUGAAGCAGGUGCUCAACUUUACCCUUGAAGAAGUGCUGCUCCCCCAGUCAGACAGAUUCCAGCCCUACAUGCAAGAGGUGGUGUCCUUCCUGACCAAGCUCAGCAGCAAGCUCAGCCUAUGUCGCAUUGAGGGAGAUGACCAGCAUAUCCAGAAGAACGUUCAAGAGCUGAAGGACACAGUCAAAAAGCUUGGAGAGAGUGGAGAGAUCAAAGUAAUUGGGGAAAUGGAUCUGCUCUUCAUGUCCCUAGGAAAUACCUGCAUCUGAGGGAGAAGAUGAACACCUAAGCCUUUCUGUCCGCUAGAAACAGUAAUAACGUUCUGGAAAGGCUUUUUGUUGUUGUUGUUGUUUUUGUUUUUGUUUUUCACUAAA